AUGCAAACAGUCUCAGGUCUUAGGAAUGAUGAUACUCCUCAGAAGAGGAAAGUUCCUAAGAGUAACAAACUGAGGUCUAAAGAGUGUAGAGAGAGGAAGAGAAGGUAUAUUACCAUACUUGAGGAUAAGAUUCGUAAUCUUAUGAAGGAGAAUGAGCUCCUCAAGCACAAAAAUUUCAUCCUUUCUCAGUCGAAAGAAAACUCUGUGAAGACUGAUAUAACACAAACAAGUACCACACAGAAUGCUCAAAUGAGUUUUGAGCAUCCUUUGUUUGAGUACGAGCACUUCUUGUAUGAGAAGCUCUAUCCAGGAGUUAGAGAAAAUCCUGAUGAGAUCAGGUUCUCCACUCUUGAGCAGACAUCUGAGCAUACAGCUGAUUAUAGUAAUGAAAGAAUCGAUUUCAUCAAGAAAGCAUUCAGAGACAUUAUCUCCAAUGUUGCAAGUUUGCAAACUAAAACACUCCAAUCAUGCCACAAAAAUAUGCAUGUUUCUGAAUGGAUUAAAAAGUGUAAGGCUAAAAGAAAUCAAAAAUACACAUAUAAAACCGCAACCACUCCUGAGGAUAUUUUCCUCGAGCACAGAUUUAGCGAAGGAGUGCAAAAUUUCCUUGAGAAGGAUGGUAGGAGCCUAGCUACCUGCAGAAGGAAGAUCCAAAGAAUUGUUCAAAAACUUAUUGAAGCAAGAAAUCAACUAUUUAACAUUUAUAAUGAAAUGAAGAAGAUUUAUGAGAAAUCCACUUCUUUUGCUCAAUAUAAGAAGUCUGAUAUCUCACAAACUUCUGAGUUGAUUGAAAAGCUCCAAAAUCAGAACUUCCUGACCCCUCAUUUUCUUUGGAGUAUCCCUAAGAAAACCCAUGAUGAGGAUGUUUAUCGGGAUGGGGAAUUAACCGAAUAAGAUUGUGGAUCUAAUACCAUUUCAAUAUUCAA